AUGGAUCAUCGUCAGCAAACCAGUUUCCAGCGGCUCGAGCUCGAGCACGCCCAGCGCGAUGCUGGCGCGCUAGAGGACAUCGAAAAUUCCAACGCCCUCACCACCGACCAGUCAGAGUUCUCCAGAGGCUAUGUAUUGAGAAUGCUGGCCGCCAUCGCCUCAAUUGGGAUGGGUACGAAUGCUGCAUACUGGGGCUUUAGUCCCCCUGCAGCAAUUCUCACCUACAUCAACGAGGAUAUUGGACCUAGUGACAAUGCGAGCCUAUUUCCGAUCAUCUGGACACUUGCCUGUGGCAUUUCUAUCAUUUUUUUCGGUCGUUUCUCCGACAAAUUCGGCCGAAGAUGA